AUGGAUUGGAAACGAAUAUCCGAAACAGAUGAAGAGAAUUUAUCGGAUCAAGAAAAAGAUACAUUGUAUACGAUAAUAGCAUGGUUUGAUGUUAAUCAAAUCAAAUUAGAUAAACAUCAAUUAACGCAUUUAUUUAAAGUAACACAAGAAAUUGUUAAGUAUAAGGGUGAGCAAGUUGAAACAUUAUUAGCGGAAUUAGAUGAGUUAGCUGAACGACAAGGUGAAGAGGAAAUUAAAUUGCAAACAACUAUUAAAGAUAAAAUUAGUGUAUCGAGUACAGACAAUUUAAAAGAUGAAAUAGAACAACUUACAAGAAAAAAUCAUGAACAAGAAAAAUAUAUUGAAAAACUGAAAAAAGAACUUACAAAGUUAUCUCGUGAAAUAUCAAAUUUAGAACAACAAAAAAUGGAUCUUCAAAAUCAAUUACACGAUGCACAAAAUAGUAGCGAUCAAGAUUCAUCCGAUUAUCAUACUCAGCAACAUCAGCAUGCAUCUGAUGAGCGAUACAAUAAAUUAGUUGAAUCGUUACACCAAAAAAAUAAACAUAUAUCAAAAUUAUUAAAUGAUAUUGAAAUUACGGAAAAGGAGAAUAAGAAUUUAAGUGAUAAAUUAGAAUUAUUACGUGAUGAAUUACAGGAUGCUACCAAAAAUAUGACACAAGCUGAAAAAUCACCGAAUUUAGGUCGUCGAGAGCUCACGGCAUAUUCCAAGCAGGAAAAAUUGACACGCGUAUUUGGAAAUCAAAUUGAAGAAUUAGUCAAGCAAAAGGAACAACGUGAUUUACAAAUUGACGAAUUUAGUGAAGCACUUGAUAAACGAAUUGAUGAUUGGAAGAGUGUUAAAUUCAGAAGCACUUGUUUCUGUUAUUACCCCACAAAACUUACCUCUGAAACAGAACUCACUCAAAUUUUGAAAGAAAUACCGACAAAAUCAAAUAUAGAUAUUGAUUCAAAUCGUUAUGUUGAAUUAAUGAAAACGAUCGAAGAACGUGAUGAUAAAAUUGAAGAAUUACAAAAUCAACUUGAAGCGGCAACAAAAGAAAUGACUGAAACUGUGUUAUUAAUUGAUAAAUUAAAAACAAUCAAUAAUACAAAAAUUCAUAGUGAUCAUGAAUCAAAUAUUAUCGAUAAGUUACAAUUACAAUUAAAAGAAUCGAAUGAUCAAAUUGUGGAACUUCGCUCUUCUUUGUUGAAUGCCGAAGAAGAUGCUAGAAUUAAAUCUAAAGAGGUUAACGAAUUAAUAAUGCAAGUUCAAAAAUAUGAAAGUGGUGAAUAUGGAUUAUCAGAAGCUGUUGCCAAUAUACAAGAAUUCAAAAAGAAAAUUCAUGUUCGUGAUAAACAAAUACAAAUGCUUGUGCAAUCUUUAAAUCAAUUAAAGAAUGAAACAGAGCAAAUUGAAGAACAGAAUUUAGUAUUACGUCAAAAGUGUGGUUUAAGUGAUUCUCCAAUUCGAUCGAAUGGUAUUGCAAUUAAACAACUCGAAUUAAAAUUAAAUAUACGUAAUUUAAACGAUACGAUUAAUGAAUUAAAAAAACAAUUAAAUGAAUUAGGACACGAACCAAAUAUUACAUCGAAAAGUUUAGUUGUUAUCGGCAAAGAUCAAACUGAUUAUGUCAAUGAAGUCGAUGCAUGUCAUAAUGAACAAUUACGUGAACUAGUUAUUGAAAAUGAAGCGUUACGAAAAGGUUUACAGGAAGUUUUAAAUAGUAUUCAAGAGCAAGCAGGGCAAUCGUUAAUAGAAGUUAAGUCACAAGUGCUAGAAAAAUUGAUAAAAAUGUUAGAUGUGCGAAACGUAGCAGGCUGGUAUACACCAGCUAUGCGUUUGCAAGCUGAAUUACACUCCUUACAAGGUGGAAAUGCUGAAUUGAGAGAACAAUUAAAAAAUUCUAGAUUAGAAAAUUUGGAUAAUUUGGAACAAUUACAAAAAGUAAAAGCUGAAAGUGAAAUACUUAAAUCACAAUUAAGUAAAUCAACGGCUGAUAUUGAUUAUGAUGCACAAGAUACAAUGCGUAAUCUAGACUUAUCGGAAGAUGCAUUUUCUAGUGCAAGAACAAUACCAAAAUCUGAUUAUCCUGAUUUGUUAACAGAAUAUAAUACCGAGAAAGAGAAAAAUAAAGAAUUACUCGAUCAAAUAGAAAAUUUAGAAUCUGAAUUAAACAAUUGCAACAAAAACAACCAAAAAUUACAAACAGAUAAUGACAUAUUAUCCGAACAAUUACAAGAAUUAAAAACACAUUUAAAUCCAGAAAAUAAUGCCGAAAUAAUUGAACGUCUCGAUUUAAUUUCUGAAUUAAUCACAACACGUCAUAUGACACUAAAAUAUCGACAAAUAAUUGAUCAAAUUAAUAACAAUAACGUUGAUAAUAAUUACCUCGAACGAAUCAAACAUUUAGAAAAUUUAAUUCAAAAUGAGAAUCAACAAGAAAUUGAUGUAUCAAGUAAUGAAAACAUUCAGAAAAAAUUACAAGUCGAAAUAAAACGUUCAAACAAUUUAACAAAUCUAUUAGAAAUCAAUAAGGAUCAAUUAAAAUCAUACGAACAACGUAUGAAAGAUCUCGAAUCGGAAAUCAAUAUGUUAAAAAUGAAAAACAUCGAGUUACAAACAACCCUCAAUGAUAUACAAACACAAAUUAUAAACUCAGUAUCCGAAGAUGUUUACAACACAAUUCGUUCGGAAAAAGAACAAUUAUUAAAAGAGUUGGAAUUAUUACAAAUUGAUUUUGAUACAGUUAAAUCGAAUUAUUUAUCGUGUAUGGAAAAUAUAAGUUCGUAUAAACAAUGGCGUACUGUUGAUGAACAAGAAUUAAUCGGUUUAAAACAUUUAAUUGUUGAUUUACAAGCGAUUAGUGAUGAUAAAGCAAUUAUUGCUAAAUUAAAUUUUGAUAUUGAGAUAUUACGGAAGAAGGAAUUUGAAUAUUUAAAAAUUGAAAAUGAAAUGAAUAUUGCAAAGGAAGAAUUAGUUACAAAAAUGGAAUUGAUAGAUAGUUUAAAAACAUGGAUUGAAGAUCGGAAUAUUGUUAAUAAAAUUAUGGAUUGGUAUCAAGAACGGAAUGAGUUAAUUAUUCAAGAACUCAAAGCGCGAAGAUGUUAUGAGUUCAAAGAUUUACAACUGCAGCAAGCUCUAACAAAACUUCACGAACAAGAAGAUGAAAUUCUACGUUUAGAAGAACAUUUGUUGAGGCAAGUUGAUUACAACAAAAUUCAUUAUGAAUCUUAUAUCAAAGAACCCGAAAUACAAGAAAAAAUUGAAACCACACAAAAAUCAAUUUCAUCACCAAAACCUGAUGAACCAGAACAAGAUAAAAUUAUACAAAAACCAAUUUCAGAACCAGAAAACAUUGAAACCAUACAAAUACCAAUAUCUGAACCAGAAAAAACUGAAACCAUUCAGAAACCUACACCAGCUCCUCGUAAAUUAUCCACAAUUGAAAUAACAACACAAACUGACCCAAUCCAAAUAAAAAAUGUUGAAGUAAAUACAGAUAUUAUAGAAGACUCAAAUGAGAAGAAAAAGAAAGCAGAUGAAAACGAAAUUGAAGAGGAAAUUAUUGAAGAAGAGAUAGAAAUUGAAUCUAGUGAUAAGAAUAAUGAAUUGUUUGAACAAAAAUUAUUGGAAAAAACAAAAGAAAUCGAUGCAAGCAAUAAAAGAAUCUUAGAACUUACCGAAGAAUUACAUAAUUUACGCAAAGAUUUAGCAUUGAAACAAGAAGAAAUUUUAGUAAAUCGUAGUUCACCGGAAAGAAAAUUAUCAGAAGACAAUGAAAGUGAAAGUCAAAUAAAAUCAAUGAAAGGUGUUAUUGUUAAUUUACAACAGUUAAUUAAUGAAAAAGAUGAACUAAUACAAAGUUACGAAGGAAAAUUAAAAGAUAUGAAAGACGAACAUAGUCGAGCAGCGGCAAGAAUGCAAGAUGAAGUACAAAAACUUCAGGCGGCUUUAUUGGAUAAACAACAGAUGCAAUUGCAGGAAAUUGAUAAAGUACCAGCCGCCACAACAUCCGAGGUUGCCACAGGUGAUUUAGCCGUUAAUCAAAAAGCUGUUCAGCAUUAUAUGUGUCAAGUACAUACAAUGGAAGCCCAUGUUGGUGAACUGCAUACAGCAUUACGUGUUUUAGAGACACAAUUAACAUCUUCUCGUCAAGAGGCAGUUCGAUGGAGGAAAUUAGCCGAUGAUCGAUUGUAUUCAAUGGAUCAAUUGCAAUCAAGGUAAAAGGACCUGACACAAAUUAAAAAUUGUGAAAUAUUAGAAGAGCAACAUCAAAAAGAACUCGAAAUUUAUAAGAAAGAAUGGCAACGUUGGCAUGAUGAAGCAGAUGCAUUAAAAAUAGAAUUAUCCAAAGCUCGAAUAGAAGUUCGUGAAGAAGAUACAAUCAUAUCGAAAACAAUUCACGACAAAGAUUUUGAAAUACAUGAGCUAAAUCGGCAAAUUAAUGAAUUACGCUUAAGUUUACAAGCUGCAAUAGAUAAGAAUAAAAUAAUGACUACAUUAGAAAACUCAAUGGGCAAACAAAUGAAACAAGAAAAUGAAUCAUUGAGAAAACAAUUACAAGCGAUGAAAUCUAAAGAAAAGGAAUCGCGUGAAGAAAUACGAAGUUUGCGUGGUCAAUUGAUUAACAGACCUGUACUCACAGCACGCAGCGAUCGCGGUUCAAGUGGUCGAGUGACAUUGCGCGAACAAAGACUACAAAAGAAAAUAUCAACAUUGGAAGAGGAAUUAGAUGAUACAAGACAAAAAUUAGAUCAACAAAUUGCAAUAAACGAAUCACGUCGUGCCAAAAAUAUUGAAGGUUUACAACUAUGGAACAAACAAAAACAGUGGCAACAAACAGCUGAAAAGUUUAAAGAAAAAUUAAAAAUAAAAACUGAAGAAUUUGAAAAAGUCCAACAAAGUUAUCUAAUGUCUAAGAAUAUAAUAAAUCGUUUAGAACGAGAAAAAAAUGUACUCGAAAUACGUUUAAAAACCGCUCGAGGUUCACAAGUUUUUGUCGAAGAUAAUAAUCGUAUUGAAUUGUUAGAACAUGAAAAUGCUAAACUACAAAUGGAAAUACAAACUUUAAAUAAUAAAUUAGAAAUGUGUCAUCGACAUUCUGGUGGUUUAGGUGCGGCCAUGUUAGAAGAAAAACUAGAAGCACAAGAACGUAAAAUUGCUGUCUUAGAAUUAACAUCCAAAACAUCUACCGAAAUUACAGAUGAAAUUGAACGAUUACAAUGUAUAAAUAGUCGUUUGCAAAAGGAAAAUAUGCAAUUGGAAGCGUUAAAUUUAGAAUUGAAAAUUGAUUUAGAGAAAAUGAGUAGUGAAACACCACGAUUACGAGAUCAAAUUGACCAUUUACAACGGUAUGUUGAGGUAUUGAAGUUAGAAAAAAUGCAACAACAGCCAUCAACGUCUCAAAUUAUCGAGAAUACGGCACCACCUCUAUCAUAUGCUGCACAAAAUAGAAAAAUAUCUGAAUUGGAAAAAACAUUAUUUGUUAUGAAACGUGUUGUGGAAAAAUUACAAACAGAAAAUAAACGGUUAAUUGCCGGAAAGCCACAAUUACAAAAGGAUCGUAAGGACUGUGAAGAACGUUUAAAAUCGGAUUUAUAUCGUACUCGUGAACAAUAUAAAGAAAGUUUACAGACAAUAUCACGAUUAGAACAAGAAUUAUCAGAUGCAAAGAAACAUAUAUUAUUUUUAGAAAAUAACGAUGUGAAACAACAAUUAAAACAGAAAACUGAACUUUUAGACAAAGUUAAAAUACUUUUACAUAGAGCAGCUGCUAAAGAAAAGGCUCUAGAUGAACAGGUGAAAACAUUACGUAAUUUAAUACCACAAAACAGUUCUCAAGAGAGUAGUGAACAAUCGAAUUCAAUUAAAGAUGGUGGGGAUUAG